AUGUAUGUGCUGGGAGAGGUUGACGAAACGUUCCUCCAGGAGGUAUGGAUUUUGUAUGGCAUCGGUACUCUGAUCUUGGUCCUUCGUCAUGUCAUCCGCGCCCGCAGCGUUGGUUUCAAGGGCCUUCAGGGUGAUGAUUACUUCGCCAUGCUUGUCCUGGCUCUCUACACUAUUGACGCAGUCACCGUACAUAAUGUUUACUACAUGGCAACAAACGUAGAGGGAUCAGUGAUCCAGACACAACGAGUUCUUACCGAAGGAGAGAUAUCGCAGCUUGUUGAAGGCUCAAAACAAGAGCUCGUUGCAUGGUAUUCUUACGCCACUCUCGUGUGGUGUCUCAAGGGCACCAUGGUUUGCUUCUUCAUGCGCAUGACAAUGGGUCUCUCACAGCAGCGACUGGUAAACUACAUUGGCAUUGCUUGCAUUGUUUCAUAUGUUGCUGUCUUUCUAACCAUCACUUUCGGAUGCUUCCCUGUCCACUUGAACUGGCAGGUGGUUCCGGAUCCUGGACGAAAAUGUACUCUGAAGACACAGAACUUCUUUGUCAUGACAGUUCUGAACGUGAUAACCGACGCUGCUAUCCUAUACGUGCCGUUACCCCUGCUAUGGACCUUGCGUGUGCCCAUUCGACAGAAAUUCGUGAUCGGAAUUCUUCUGUCCUCCGGUAUCUUCGUUAUUGCCGCAGCACUCAUCCGAAUCGUGUCCACCCUGUCUGUCAACCCUUCAGCCCUCACCGUCAAUCGUUGGGGUGUCAGAGAGACUCUGGUUGGCAUCAUCGCCGUCAACGUCCCGAUCCUUCGACCGCUCUUCAGCAAGAAUUUCUGGAUCAAUGGCGCCAGGACCGGAAGUGGAACAGGACCAUCUACCACCGGACUGAGUGUUGGGGCGCAGGGUCCAUACGAAAUGGCACCUAGCGUCAACGGAGAAGACAGCGUCUCCAAGCCGAACGGAAGCGAAGAGAAUAUUAUCACAAAAGACGCCCGGGUCACUGUUAAACCCAAGAAGAAGAUGUCAGAGGGCAACAACGUGUUCGUCCACAAGACAUAUCAAGUCACGAAUGAAGCGAACGAUGGACCGAAUUGGCAGACGGGGACGUUUUCCGAGUCCAAGGCCACCAAGCGUGGCGACAGCAAUGUAUAA